AACAGAAACAGUGGACACUGAUGCUCGUCAGUUCAACUAACUGUUUUUUCUAACCUCUAUCGUAUUCAAUAUUUCUGUUUAAGGUUUGAACUUGAGGCUGAAAAUCUUCGAACUAUAAUGAUGGCUCACAUGUUGGCAGUGUUACUUCUGGCUGUUGUAGCAGUCCAUUCUGCCCCUCGAUGUGAUAUCAACCUGGAUGCAGACUGUAAUGAAGUCUACAACAUCUCGCAAGCAAGUGGCGUCUACCCCAUCUACCCCUUUUUGACACCUGUUCAGGUGUACUGUGACAUGAACACGGAUGGAGGCAAGUGGACUGUAAUCCAGAGGAGAAUAGAUGGAUCUCUGAACUUCUACAGACGCUGGAACCAGUACAAAGUUGGUUUUGGAAACCCAGAGGGAGAAUACUGGCUAGGAUUGGAGAACAUCCACCUUCUCACUAAGAGGAGGAAGUAUGAGCUGAGGGUAGACAUGGAGGACUUUGAAGGAAACAGUGUGUUUGCCAUGUACUCUUCCUUCUAUUUGGACUCUGAGGCAGACGGAUACAAGCUACAUGUCACUGGAUUCACCAAUGGAGGAGCAGGUGACUCACUGGCCUAUCAUAGCGGGUCGAUGUUCAGCACCUUCGACAAAGACCAGGACACUUGGUCUGACAACUGUGCAGCUACUUACUAUGGGGCAUUUUGGUAUGGUUCUUGUCACCACGCUAACAUCAAUGGAGAGUACCUAUGGGGAACCACCAAACAUUUCGCUACAAGUGUCAAUUGGAAUCACUGGAAAGGUUAUCAUUAUUCUCUGAAAGGUGUCUCUAUGAAGAUUAGACCAGUGCCUUAGACCAGUGGGGUAGCUACCUUUGAUAAACAGCCACAUAUAACUCUUUAUUACUGGUUGAUUACAAUUUUUAACAGUAAGCCGGCUAAGUCAUUGAUCCAACUUUCUGGAACAGCCUCAGACAAUCAUAGUCCCCUGUACCAGAUUAAAGUGAAAUGUGGGAUAUCAGGGCUGUUCACUUUUAUAUACACUGUCUGUUAUGUAUGCUAUGAGUGUUUCUGAUCUGACCAGAUUUAAUUAAUGUUGUUAUGUUUAUCAACUGUCACAAACAUUGGACUCGCUCCAGGCCUACUACAUUCCAGACACCUGCCAGAUCUCACAACGCCUGGAUAUGAAUUUCAUAUAUUGUAGCGACCCUGUGUCUGAUGCUAGUACAGUAGUUGAACAGUAGUUGAUGCAAUGCAAUGACUGCAAUGUAAUCAGCCUGGAAUGAGGCCAAUGUUACAAUAUAAGAUAUGCAGUGUAUGUGUGUCUGUGUGGUAGCAAAAGGCAUUAUGUUUAACAUUCGUAGGCCUGGUAUUAAGCCUAGUCCUGGACUAUAAUGCACUUUCAAUGACCAUAUUCCAUUGAUAAUUAUUGUUUGUCCAGGAUUUGGCUUAAAUCUGGGUCUGGGAAACCGUCCCUUAUUGCAUAAAUGUGUUGUUCUACUUUUAUGGCUGCCAUGAGCUCACGUCACUUUGCUAUGAUAAGAUUUAAUGAGUCCUGAAAAUGAUAUCUGAUAUAGAUAAAACAAUCCAAACGGUGAACUUUUAAUGAGUUGAUUUAACUUUUUAAUAAAGAUUAGUUGAGAAAA